CCGCUCCGGCGCUUCUAUAUCAUUGGUCCCAUUGCCUCAGUUUGAUAAUGAGAUCAUUUUGGCGGCAAUUUGUUUUCUUUGGAUGAGGCAGUGGUAACGAUGAACACUCUUCCGUCAUUUUUUCGGCAGCUGUGUGAUAAACCAAGCUCAAAAGAAAUAAAGUGUAUGCAAUGGAGUCCAAAGAGUGAUCUGAUCGCCAUUAUAACAGCUGAAGGCGAGGUUCGGUUACAUAGACUCUAUUGGGCAAAGGUAUGGAGCUAUAGCGAAAAAGGAUGUACCUUCUCAGCACUAACUUGGAAACCGGAUGGAAAAGUUCUAGCAGUGGGUGAUGAAAGUGGAUCAGUAAGGCUACUUGAAGUCGAGAAUUGCUCUGUCAUGCAUCAGAAUGAUCUUGCAGCACCAAUUACGUCAAUGGAAUGGUUUGAAUCACAAGAUGGCAACAUGUCAGUUUUGGUUGUUGGAACUAAGAGUGGACACAUUGAAUUAUUUGUCAAUGGCACAUUCAAACUCAUCUCAAUUUUCACGAGCCAGUGCAUCUGUGAUGUCAACAUGUCCAGAGAUUUAGGAAUUUUGACAUCAGUGUCAUCCUCAGAAAGAAGUGACUCUCAGCAAGCCAACAAAUUUUCUUUGUAUAAACUAGAUCUACUCUCAUCACGAUCAAACGAAAUAAAGGUGCUUUCCAAAAAGUAUGAAGAAAUGUAUAGUUUGCUUCAGAAACUCGAUGCUGAGCUGAAAGAAGUUUCUGAACUCUGGGAAAAUAAUUUACAAAAAGUUAGCUCAAAGUUUGACAAAUUGGCUGAGAUCUUGCCUGACGAUACCAGUAUUUUGAAUGAAUUUCUGAUACUUUUUUCAUGCGGUGUUUUGAGGCCUGAGCUGCAGUCUUUUCUUGUCAAUGAACUGACAAUGAAGGGUUUACGGAAACUUGGUACAGACAUCAAUGCAUCUUAUGCCGAUAUUGAAACUCAUGUCAAUGACAAUGUGGAAUCUUUAUGCAAUCAGUUAUCCAUGAUGUUAUCUGAACUUCUUGGAAUGGCUCGUUGGUACGAGAAAUUUGGCCUUUUAGGACUGUGUGAAUCAAAGCUCCAAGAAUGUACACGAUACUUUGGCUCCUUUAUGUUGAAAAUCAAAGAGCUGCUCAGUGUGAUGGACGAGGAUAUAGUGAGGCUUGGUGCUUUUUUCAAAUGGUUGUCAGGAGUGAUGUACCGGAUAUCAGACGAGACUGUUCCAGCGAUGUUCAAAGAGUUUAGUGAAGAAGAAAACUCACGUAUCCUUGAGUUCUUGCAAACACAUUUGGUCAAGAGUAAAGAUGAACAGUCAUUCCACUUAGAACGGUUUAGAAGAAGAAUUGAAAAACCAACUCCGUGGUACCGAUUUGUCGAAUCAACACCAAGCCUUAGAGAGAAUUUUGUGGUCAUUCCAUCGGAGAAAGAUGCAUCCUUGGUUGAAAUGGCUGACAAGCUUCGAAAGGGUAUCGAUAAAAUUUUUGAGAAUGUUACGACAACGGCAACAGAAUCGUUUUGUUGUCAAGAUGGCUCAAUAAUUACAUCGUUUGGCGAACACAAAGAAAUUUGCUCUCGGAGGUUUUCAUGGAAAAAUGGACAAAAGGAUACAUUUCUAUGCGCUUUGCCUUGCACUUGCAACUCUGAUACCUUUUACAUAAUAGAGAUGGAUACCGGGAACCCAGUCAAUUUGCCGGUCCUCACUUUGUCAAUCGAUGUUAACAAAAUCCCAAAUCAGAGCAGAACUGACUGCCAAUCAACAGUGAUCUUAGAUGCACACUUUUACAGUGAAAAUUCCAUCGCGUUAAUCCUAGAAGGCACUGGCAGCUCAGAACCGGUCCGGAUAUUAGCCUUGCUACAGCUGCCGCACGUCUCGGCUGCCGAUUAUCACCGUUGCUCACUGGAAAACCUUCAGCAUUUGUCAGCUACAGAUGUUUCAACGUAUAUUACAAAAUGGAGGCACACCGAAUCAUUCGAUCCAGUUAUCAUGACGGCCAGCUGUACAAGAAAAGUUUCUUGCUUGUUAUCUAAAAACAGAAGACGUGUACAGAUUUAUGAUAUGGAUGCGGAGGAAGAGGAAGAAGCAGAUGAGUCGGACGAAGAAAGUAAUAUAGAUGAAAAUUAAUGGCAACGCGAGUGCAUCAAAACAGCGUAUUUUUUAACUUAACUUUCAACUUUUAGCUGGCUGCUUAAAAAGUGACAAAGUGGUAACAAAUUACAGGUUUAUUUGUACGCAAAUCAAUAGUCAUCCGUGUUAUCGAAAUCUGUCAACAGUGUAUCUGAAAUCUUCUUCUUGAGACGAAGAGUUGUCUAAAAACAAAAGAUUAAAACAGCUAAUGAUAAUUUUGAAACUUAAUUAGAUUUUGUUUCUUUGAGAACAAGUGCUCAUCCUGUUUCCAAAGGAAAAGGAAAAGAUUGUUAUAUGCAGUCCUUGAAAUUGCAUUUUAAUUGUAAUGGAAUUGCACUGUACAUGUAUUGAAAUUGCAUUUUAAUUGUAAUGGAAUUGCACUGUACAUGUAUUGAAAUUGCAUUUUCAUUGUAAUGGAAUUGCACUGUACAUGUAUUGAAAUUGCAUUUUCAUUGUAAUGGAAUUGCACUGUACAUGUAUUGAAAUUGCAUUUUCAUUGUAAUGGAAUUGCACUGUACAUGUAUUGAAAUUGCAUUUUCAUUGUAAUGGAAUUGCACUGUACAUGUAUUGAAAUUGCAUUUUCAUUGUAAUGGAAUUGCACUGUACAUGUAUUGAAAUUGCAUUUUCAUUGUAAUGGAAUUGCACUGUACAUGUAUUGAAAUUGCAUUUUCAUUGUAAUGGAAUUGCACUGUACAUGUAUUGAAAUUGCAUUUUAACUGUAAUGGAAUUGCACUGUACAUGUAUUGAAAUUGCAUUUUAAUUGUAUUUUAUUGUAAUUUAAUUGCAUUUUGAUUGCACUGUAAGGGUGUUUUAUUCUGUUUUGUGGUCUUGUAUUUUCUUGUAUGUUUUGUAUUGCUUUCAAUCUAUUGUAUUGCAUUAUAACUUCGCUGUAAUUUCAAUUUAAUUACGUAAAAAUUAUAU